AUGACACAAAUGUCAUGUAUUAAAAUCCUAGUUCUUGGAGCCAAAUGUGUUGGAAAAAGUGCAAUAACUGUGCGAUUUCUAACUAAGAGAUAUAUUGGAGAAUAUAAGUCAAAUACAGAUUGGUUUUAUCAGCAGAAAGUAAAAACAGAUAACGGAAUGACAAAUGUCGAAAUUCUUGACAUAUCCAGAGAUUGGACGGACAAUGAAAAUAUGGUAAAUAAGGAUCAGAUAGAAUGGGCCGAAGCCUAUGUCAUAAUUUAUAGCAUUUGUGACCGAAAUAGCUUUCAAUUGGCUCAACACUAUCUCCAAUAUAUUACAGCUAUUCGGGGACCCGUUUAUGUACCCAUUAUUUUGUUGGCCAACAAACGUGAUCUCGAGGUCGGCCGACAAAUCACUAAAGAAGAGGGCACUUCAUUGGCUCAUAAAUUUGGAUCACAAUUUUUUGAAAUAUCUGCUGCCGAUAGCAAUUUGGGUGUUUCUCAGGCCUUUGAAUGGCUUCUUCAUCAGUCCAACAAAAUAUCGCACCGAUCGGACACAAACCACUCAAAUCGUAGCCAUAAUAAUAAUCACCGAAAACUAAGUAUUGUUACCGUUUCGCGGGUAUUCAGUGCGUUUGGUCACGUCUUUGGGAAAAGUCAUCACAACAAUCAUAAUAACAAUACCAACAACAUUACCAAUGAUGUCAAUAACAAUAUCAACCAAAACAACAAUCAUUAUAAUCAAAAUAAUGGUCAUUUGAUACGAUAUAAAAACCAAACAAACUAUGCUCUCAAUGCUAAACGAAAAUUAGUGGGAGUAAUGAUACCGACUGUUAGGAGAUCACCAAAAGCAGUCAUAUCUUUGUAA